UUCCCCAUUGGCUGUAUGACGAGGGGGCGGGCAUGCAGAGACUCCCGGAAGCUCAGGGAGGCCCCAGUGCGUAGCCGAGGAGGAACCGGGGAGCGGUGGGUGCUUAGCAACCAGAGAGGCGAUGUGGCUGGAGGCCAGGGGCCUACUGAGGAGGACCUGUGGACCACUGGGCCGGACUAUUGGUCUGUUUUGUGGGGCCCUGGGGCCUGGACCCCACUGGGUCCAUGUGGUGGUUCUUGGGCCCAAAGGUUUCAUAAGGAUGGGCCUGGCAGAGGUCUGGGUGAGGAGGACAUUCGCAGGGCUCGCGAGGCCAGGAUCAGGAAGACACCCCGGCCCCAGCUGAGUGACCGCUCUCAGGAACGCAAGGUGCCUGUCUCCCGCAUCAGCCGCUUGGCCAACUUUGGGGGACUGGCUGUGGGCUUGGGGCUUGGAGUGCUGGCCGAGGCAGCCAAGAAGUCCCUGCCAGGAGGACACCUACAGUCAGAGGGUGGCUCCCGCCCAGGCUGCAGCCCUUUCCUGUCAGAGGCCAAUGCUGAGCGGAUUGUGCAGACCUUGUGUGCAGUUCGGGGGGCCGCCCUCAAGGUUGGCCAAAUGCUCAGUAUCCAAGACAAUAGCUUCAUCAGCCCCCAGCUGCAGCACAUCUUCGAGCGGGUCCGCCAGAGCGCCGACUUCAUGCCCCGCUGGCAGAUGCUGAGAGUUCUUGAAGAGGAGCUCGGCGGGGACUGGCAGGCCAAGGUAGUGUCUUUGGAGGAGGUGCCCUUUGCCGCUGCCUCCAUCGGACAAGUGCACCAGGGCAUGCUGAGGGAUGGGACCCCGGUGGCUGUGAAGAUCCAGUACCCAGGUGUUGCCCAGAGCAUACAGAGUGACAUCCAGAACCUGCUGGCAGUGCUCAAGAUGAGUGUGGCCCUGCCGGAGGGCCUGUUUGCUGAGCAGAGCCUGCAGGCCCUGCAGCAGGAGCUAGUUUGGGAGUGUGACUACCGUCGUGAAGCAGCUUGUGCCCAGAACUUCAGGCAGCUGUUGGCAGGUGACCCCUUCUUCCGGGUACCAGCGGUGAUCACAGAGCUGUGCACGACACGGGUGCUGGGCAUGGAGCUAGCUGGGGGGGUCCCUCUAGACCAGUGCCAGGGCCUGAGCCAGGACACCCGCAACCAGAUCUGCUUCCAGCUCCUGAGGCUGUGUCUACGGGAGCUAUUUGAGUUCCGAUUCAUGCAGACAGACCCUAACUGGGCCAACUUCCUAUAUGAUGCCUCCAGCCACCAGGUGACUCUGCUGGACUUUGGUGCAAGUCGAGAAUUUGGGACCGAAUUCACAGACCAUUACAUUGAGGUGGUGAUGGCUGCUGCGCAUGGAGACAGAGACCGGGUCCUGCAGAAAUCCAGGGACCUCAAAUUCCUCACAGGCUUUGAAACCAAGGCAUUUGCAGAUGCCCACGUGGAGGCAGUGAUGAUCCUAGGGGAGCCCUUUGCCACCCAGGGCCCCUACGACUUUGGGGUGGGUGACACCGCCCGCCGCAUCCAGGGCCUCAUUCCUGUGCUGCUACGGCACCGGCUCCGCCCACCCCCCGAGGAGACCUAUGCCCUGCACCGCAAGCUGGCAGGGGCUUUCCUGGCCUGUGCCCGCCUCCGUGCCCACAUUGCCUGCCAGGACCUUUUCCAGGACACCUACCACCGGUACUGGGCCAGUCGCCAAGCACAGCCACUGCCCGCAGCCUCCUAACCAGAGGGCCUUAUGGUCAGACCCCUCAGAUACCCUCCAUCCUGGGAUACCAGUCCCAUAGGGUGCCAUCCUCUUCCCAUUCUGCUCUGGGGACCCUCUCUUGGACUUCCCAGUCUUGCCUAGGUCCCCGGGGCUAGAGAACUCGUAGCUUUGCAGUCCCAUAUUCUGCUUUCCCCACCCCAAAGUGGACAUCCAGAGAUUAUUUUUGCCACCAUUUGAGAGCCUUAGCCCACCCCUCACGCCUUCACAGCGACCCAGACUCAUCUAGAGGGGGAGCCCCUCACUUCUGCCCCAGGUCUCCCUCCCGAUCUGGCCAGUGCAAGGGGAACAGUGGUGUUGACAGAGGCAGCGUCACCUUUGAUCCUCACCCCCUUCCCCAGCUGCCUUCUCCAGGUUCCAUCCUCUCUGUGUUGGGGAGGGGGUAAGGAGGGUGUGUGUUUGAACAUUCAGUCCGAAUAAAAGCAGCCCUCCCCUUUC